AUGACAAGACCCGAAAUUAUUCGUGCUGACUCGAUUGAUCUCCAAGAUCGCGAAGCACCCUCCGCAAAGAACCACGCUGCCCGCCCCAGUCCCCUCAACACCUCCCAGUCCGCCGCCAACGGAACCGCCCCUCACCAGGCCGAGACCCUGCGAGAGGUCGCUGCCGGACAAGCAGAGGAGGAACUUCACAGCCCCCGAGUCUCUUGGGCCAACGGCGGCGAAACUGGCGACCUGCAGAAAUACGCCGAAGACCUCGCCGCCGGAGUUUCGAGUUCCCUCAACGCCGACAACAUGGCCGCACGCCAACAAGAUGACCUCGCUGUCGCACAAAAUGGGGGCUUGGAAACAGAGGACGCCGACCUGGACGGCGACGACGGCGACCUGGACGACGACGACAUGAUGGACAAGAUCUCGAGUUCGCCUUCUAUCGAUGAUGGUGCGUCUCCAUCCUGUCACCUGCCGCUGCUACAGUCUUUACACGCUUGCGCUUCGCCGUGUAGUUCUCCGGCUUCAGCAUGCUUCAGCGAGGCGAGGUCCUCUUCCCCAUACCUCGACCAACCUGACUACUUCCCCUUACAGACUGCGCAUGGGCCCGCAGACAAGUCGCCUGCUGUGCUUUCUAGACGUCAUCAUCAUCAUCAUCAUCAUCCUCCCCCCCGUGGUUCACCCCCUGGACGGCUUGGCGCACAUGCUAGCCAGGGGUACACGGCACCACAAGGCAACGGACCUGAGAAUCUGAGGAGCAGUGGCUUCCCAAUUGGACUACACGAAGUGGAAUGCAGACUAUCAGAUACAGACGACGGCGAUCGCUAUGCCCUGAACGACCUGCUCGAUGGAAUACAAGCAUUACAACAAGACCUCCAGGAUGAGCAGGAGGGUAUCGACGAGGCCAUCGGAAUGGAAGAUGAUGUCUGCAGUACCGACGACCUGGUAGUUCCAUACGAGGAUUUCACCGAUGAAGAUGAUGAUGACGACUAUUUCCUUGAGUCUCAUGACCCCCGGUUCAGCGAUUCUGGUUGGGGCGGUGAAUGCUUACACGAUACAGAGGACAUCGAUUUCGAACUCGUCUACGCGCUGCACACAUUCAUUGCAACCGUCGAAGGGCAAGCGAACGCGACCAAGGGCGACGCCAUGGUUCUGUUGGAUGACAGCAACAGUUAUUGGUGGCUGGUUCGGGUGGUCAAGGACAGCAGUAUUGGUUAUCUGCCGGCUGAGCACAUCGAGACACCGACUGAGAGGCUUGCACGUCUGAAUAAGCACCGGAACAUCGAUUUGUCGGCAACUAUGCUGGGCGAUCAAUCCGACAAGGCCAAAAAUCCAAUCAAGACGGCGAUGCGCCGGCGGAAGAAGAAUGUUUCCUUCGCUGCUCCGACAUACGUAGACUACUCUGAUUUCGACUACGACACGGAGGAGGAAGAGGAGGCCGAGGCAGAAUUUUAUGCUCAGCAGCAGCAGCAGCAGCAGCAGCAACAACAACAACAGGCGCAGCAGCAGUCCCAACAACGAGCAGCCGCCGCCAAGCAGACUACCGCCGAAGACGCUGCGGCCAGCGAGGAGGCGGCAAAGGUAGCGCCACUCAGGCCACGGGCCCAAAAGUCUGUACAGAUCGUGGACCCCGCCGAUCCAGAGUCAAAAGAAGAUUCACCCACUUCGGGCAAAAAUCGAACCAGCGAGGAGAUCUUUGAGACGAACGGCGUGGAGGGUCCGAAGAGGAAGGCCGACGGCACGGUCAGAGAUUCCUUCUUCAAGGACGACACGGUGGAGACUAAAAAGAUCACUCUGACGCCUAAUUUGUUGCGGGAUGAUGGGACUGUCAGGGCAUCAACUGACUCUGACAAGGGCCCAAACAAGCGCCCGAGCUUGGACAGAAUCGACAAGGAACUAAGGGAAGACCCCAAGAAAAGCAAAGAUAAGAAGGAGAAGGAGAAGAAGGGCGGUUUCCGGGGCCUGUUCUCGCGCAAGGACAAGAAGCAGAAGGGUGGUGACGACGAUUCUCUUGGGAAACGAUCCAUGGAUGUGGUUGCAGAGGCCCCGGAGAGGGAAUCCGAGGACUUGGACGACCAGGAGAAGGCAGGUGCCUCACCACAGCGCAACCCGAGCAAACUGCAUAAACAGCAGCCGCGUGUGGAACCUUCGCUAGCGGCGAUCAAGUCUGGGACUGCUCCGCAGGGUAACGGCAUGGAUCUUUCAACGUUCCUGAACGAAGGGAAGUUGAAGAAUGUCGCCAACGUGCCACCCGCUUCGAUGCGACUCGUUGAGCCAGAUGCGCAGGACGCGGAGGACGACGAUGAGUCCAAGCCGGCCGGGUCCAGGCCAGCGGCUUCCCGGUCGGAGAGUGUUGAGGACAGCCCACCUCAGGCUACGACUGCAAAGUCACGUAUGCAGAUUGAGGAUUCGGAUUCGGAAGAUGAUGAUUACAACGAGACGAUCAGGCAGUUAUCAGGCUCGAGCAAGAAGACCCAGGAGAAGCCCAAGCCAGAGUCACCAGUGCAGACUAGGGACCAGCCGGAGAAGACACAGCAGGGAGAGCCACAACAGGCCGAGCCACAACAGGAGAAGCCGUUCCGGCCUACGCUUCCGGGGGCAUUCCCUGACAGCUACCUGAGCACGCAGUCUGCUCAGUCCAACUCGACCAUCACACCAGAACGAGCCGCGGAGGCCACUCAGCGCCAGGACCGCUUGUCAGAAUCGCCAAUCGAGGUGUCCCCGAUCACGCCGAGUGGGGACAAGCCUCCCGCAUUGAUGGGCGACACAUCAAGCCAGGAAGACCACUCGUCACCUGUGUCGUCGCCGUCACCCGAACUGAUCGACAGGGAAGAGGCAGGCGGCACACACCGAAACCAGGAUUCCAUCACCACUUCCACCUCGACAACGACGGUCUCGAACUGGAAUGACACGAGCCUCCGGGAGUUCUUCGACUCGGGGACUGACAUCAGAGAUCUCCUUGUUGUGGUCUACGACAAGACCGAUGUUGAGCCAGUCGGACCUGAACACCCGGUCGCGGGCACACUGUUUAAAGAACAGAACGCCAAGUUGGCAGAGAUCACAACUCAACUCGACCACAUGCUGGGCGACUGGCUCGCGCGAAAGCAGCGACUGCGAGGAACCGUGUAG